AUGAGCGACCAAGUGUCUGAUGAUCUGCUCUGGUCCUUAGACAAUUUGAUCAAGAAAGAUGCUGGUGCAGACAUUGAACGUGAUACCGAAUUAGUGCAAGCGAGUUUCUACACACAGGACAACAUGCUAGGAUGCUCUAUGAUUGGCAGGGAUUUGGUCUUUGGACGUCGCGAAUCUGUCAGAUUGUCGCCUGAUAAUAGUGACACGAUAGAAUGUUAUGGACGACCGACGGGAUUGAUGGGAUACGGCAUUGAGGAGGACGAAUUGGACGACGAUACUAUUGGUCCGAUCGAAGAACGCAUUCCGACCGCUUUGAGCGCCAUACAGCCAAGCAGUAGCAGUAAAUACGCCAGACAGUCGCCGAGCAGUCGCAGCUUCAGUGAAUAUACAGACAGGUCGUUGUCGUUUGCAUCUGAAGAAGAGCUGAGUGUCGAAAGCAUUUCAGCACCGUCCCCACAUCGGAAACGCUCAACGCGACGGCUGAGUGACGGAGACCAGGGAACCUACGAACAACGCAUUGAGGCGUCACUAGCUGGAUAUAUUACUCAAUCGCUGAAUGUUGAGUCACGUAUGGUCGCUGAGGAGCAAAUUGACCGACCCUUUACCAUGAAUGAUCUUGCUCACUUUGACCGGCAGUUCGGACGAGAGAUCUAUCUCGAACGACUUGGACAGAGUGUGCAAGAUCAGGAAGGUGGAGGCAAAUCUUUGGCAUCGUAUCGUAAAUCUACUAUGCAGAGGAUGUCCACGUCAGAAGAUAUAAUCCGACAGGGAUGGAUCUCGAAACGUGGAGAAGUGGUUCCCAGCUAUCGUAAACGCUGGUUUACGCUGCGUAAAAUGCCACAAGGACCGAUGCUGACGUACGCAAAGGACAGCGACGAAGGUUCUCCAACUAAAGUAGUUGAUCUCAGCUCGACAUCCCGCUGCAUGGUUGUCACGGGUAAGAAUGCGAAAGAACAUGAAUUUAAGGUCGUGACAUCUGCAGAUUCUUCACGACGUGAAUUCUACAUGGUAGCGGCCUCGAGCUAUGAGAUGACUCAGUGGGUGUGUGCGAUUCAAGCUGCAAUCAAUUCGGGGAAUCGCUCGACAUUUGAUGGCGCAACUGACUUCCAGCAGCUGUGGCAUGAAGCGGGAAUUCAGGGUUUCUUAGUUCGUUACGGGGUACGCAAGUGCAGCUCCCGGAAUCGACUUCAAACUAGAGUCCUCGAGCUGAACUUUGCUGAGCAGACCCUUACGAACUCACGGAGAGGAGAAACUCUUACAACAUUUCAUUUUACGGAUAUCCAUGGUGUAUCGGUGAGCAGUGUGCGUUCCCGUGGUGAGGAGUAUGGCAUCAUUAUUGAUUUCCACGGGCGACAUCGAUCCUGGCCGAUAUUCUUAGACACUGCGGAAGCACGUGAUGACUUAUUUGCGAUUUUGCGACGGAUUGUUGACAAUGUGGUAUCAGGCAACGACCUUGAAAAACGGUCAUCUCGCUUGACACUCAAAACUGGUCGUCUUGAGGCGAAGAAUGCUGGGCCACAUGCUACCUUGCGUGGCCGCUUAUUUGUAUGCCUUCACGAAAACUGUGUCGUAUUUUAUCCAGCAGACGGAGAUAGCAGCACACGUCCAUGGUAUGUCGUCGCUCUCAAGGGGCUCCGUGUUUCAAUCAGAGAAGAAAAGCGUUUACUUUAUAUUGGACGGUUGGCGCUAGGUUGUACAUCUUCAGCAGAGUGUCACGCUUGGUAUGAUGCCAUUGCAGCCGCUAAGUGUCUGCCUUCGGAGAUCAUUGAGAUUGAGCUGAAGGAGCGAGCGAAGAUCCGCUACGUUUUUCAGUCAUGUGUGGCUCGGCUACGAAAACUGCUUAAAGCUAAAGUGACGCCCGAGUCGAAUGGACCACCGAGAGAUCAGAAGACGAUGAACAUGAUGAUUAUGAAACUCUGGAAACUCGUCUUCCCACGCGAACCGUUUCGAUCAAAUAAUGAUCCAAAGUGGCUGGAGAUUGGAUUCCAAAGAGGAGGCCCAGCUUCUGAUCUUCGUUCAAGUGGCCUACUUGGUCUAUAUUGUCUCAUUUUUUUUGCCAGCUAUCCAUCGCACGAGUUCCAGCGUAUAUUGAAUCGUACGCGGCAUGGUGUAAGCGAAGGGAACAUGAGGAAUUACCCACUGGCGAUUGCAUGCAUCAAUGUGGCGUCGAUUCUGACUGAAACGCUCGGUUUGGGUGACGCUGGUACACAUUCGGAAGGCUGCUCUCCAAAUGCGAUGAAAACUUACAGUUAUUUGAUCGCGCAGAGUGUCAACAACAAGUCUCGGUCUACACAUGCAAUGAAGACAUACUUGUCGCCUACACCAUUAAGUGCUUAUGAGUCCUGGGAGGAGAUUAUCAAUGAACCGGAGAACCACGUGUUUGAGACGAUCUUUUGCCUGCUUUUUCCGGUCCUGGACUCGCUUUUCGUCGAAAUGGGGGCGGGAUAUAUGGAGUUUGGACAAGUCGUCAUAGCGUUCCGGCGCCGUGUAAGCAUUAUCUUCAAUGCUCAACCUAAAUCACUGAAGGAGCUGGAGAAGUUGGCGAAUGAGCCCUGCACCGACACACUAGCAGCUCCGACGGUGCUGAGUAAGCAGCACAAGAUAGGCAAGAUUAGUAGGGUCAAGAAAGUAGUCAAGGCGGGAGGCAUGUAA